AGCGCUCGGCCUUCCGGAGCGGACGGCGGCGGUCGGGCUUCACCAUGCCGGACUACCUGGGAGCGGACCAGCGCAAGACCAAGGAGGAGGAGAAGGAGGACAAACCCAUCCGCGCGUUGGAUGAAGGAGAUAUCGCCUUGCUGAAGACCUACGGCCAGAGCACAUACUCCAGGCAGAUCAAGCAAGUGGAAGAUGACAUUCAACAACUGCUUAAGAAAAUCAAUGAGCUCACUGGAAUUAAGGAAUCCGACACUGGCCUGGCUCCUCCUGCUCUUUGGGAUCUGGCUGCAGAUAAGCAAACUCUCCAAAGUGAGCAGCCUUUACAGGUUGCCAGAUGUACAAAGAUAAUCAACGCAGACUCUGAGGAUCCCAAAUACAUCAUCAAUGUCAAGCAGUUUGCCAAGUUUGUGGUGGAUCUCAGUGACCAGGUGGCACCUACUGAUAUUGAAGAAGGCAUGAGAGUUGGAGUGGACAGAAACAAGUAUCAAAUCCACAUCCCCUUGCCUCCAAAGAUUGAUCCCACAGUCACCAUGAUGCAAGUAGAAGAAAAACCAGAUGUCACUUACAGUGACGUUGGUGGUUGUAAAGAGCAGAUUGAAAAGCUCAGAGAGGUGGUUGAAACCCCCUUGCUUCACCCUGAAAGAUUUGUUAACCUUGGAAUUGAGCCUCCCAAAGGAGUGCUUCUGUUUGGGCCACCUGGUACAGGCAAAACACUUUGUGCCCGUGCUGUUGCUAACAGGACUGAUGCCUGCUUCAUCAGGGUAAUUGGCUCUGAGCUGGUGCAGAAGUAUGUGGGAGAGGGAGCACGAAUGGUUCGUGAACUCUUUGAAAUGGCCAGAACUAAAAAAGCUUGUCUUAUAUUCUUUGAUGAAAUUGAUGCCAUUGGAGGUGCUCGCUUUGAUGAUGGUGCUGGGGGUGACAAUGAAGUGCAGCGCACAAUGCUGGAGCUGAUCAACCAGUUGGAUGGUUUUGACCCACGAGGCAACAUCAAAGUGCUGAUGGCUACAAACAGGCCUGAUACCCUGGAUCCAGCUCUGAUGAGGCCUGGGAGAUUGGAUAGGAAGAUAGAGUUUAGCUUGCCUGAUCUUGAGGGGCGGACUCACAUAUUCAAGAUACAUGCCCGUUCAAUGAGUGUUGAAAGGGACAUAAGGUUUGAGCUGUUGGCUCGACUGUGUCCUAAUAGCACAGGAGCUGAGAUUCGCAGUGUCUGCACAGAGGCAGGCAUGUUUGCAAUCCGAGCACGCCGAAAAAUCGCAACUGAGAAAGACUUCUUAGAAGCAGUGAACAAAGUCAUUAAAUCCUACGCAAAAUUCAGUGCUACUCCCCGCUACAUGACCUACAACUGAUAUCUUGGAGUGCUUUUCCUGUUUCUGCAGUUAAAUUUUCCGUGAAACCAAAAUCUGUACGUAUGCGGUAACUCCUGGCUUGUUCCUGGGAGCCAGAAAUAAAUGAAGUGUUCCAAACGA